AUGUCCGGAAAAGCGGAGAUCACGGAGGACGGCCCGUCCCCGGCACCGGAGGAUAUCGAAAAGAUCCCCGCCAAGGUCGACACCAAUGAACGUAUCGGUGACCAAAUCUCUCACGAGAAGCUCGAGGAAUUGGCACCAAACGGCGAGCAUGAGUACAUUUUGGAGAAGAUCAAUGGCAUGACCGAGGAGGAGGCCAUUGACAUCAUUGAAGAGGCGGUGGAAUUCUUCAAGGACGACUGGAACUUCCCUUCCGAUAUGAGGGAGCGCAUGAAGAAGCUUCUCGGCGGCCAAAAGUCGUACGGAGAGUCGUACGACCGCGAUUUGAGGAUAGACGCCGUCAUGAUCCGAUACUCCUCGCCAUACCCCGGUGUCCGCGCCGUCGCCGAGAUUAUCGACGAUCAGAACGUUCCGAUCGAGACUUUCCGAGCCUACUUCCUAGGAAUUGGUUGGGCGGUAAUUGGCACCUUUAUUUCCACGUUCUUCAACUCCAGAUUCCCGGCCAUCACUCUUAGCGGUCAGGUCAUCCAGAUCCUGUUGUUUCCUUGCGCCAAGGUUCUAGAGUUCGUGUUGCCGGAUUGGGGCAUCACUGUCUUUGGCAUUCGUCACUCGCUGAAUCCUGGCCCUUGGACUUUUAAGGAGCAAAUGUUUGCGACUAUCACUUACAACAUCGCGAUUUACACCACGAACAGCUAUGGAAUGAUCCUUGUCCAGAAGUCGCCAGUAUACUACGGCCUCAAGUUUGUCAACUUCGGCUAUCAAAUCAUGCUCACGCUUUUUGUGCAGCUGAUGGGAAUGGGUUUCGCAGGAUACCUGCGACGAUUCAGCGUGUAUCCUGUCAAGGCACUUUGGCCGACGAUCCUGCCAACCAUUGCCAUGAACCGAGCCCUCACUCGACCCGAACCACGUGAAAACAUCAACGGUUGGACGAUCUCUCGGUACAAGUUCUUUUACGUCUGCACGAUCUGCAUGUUCUUCUACUACUGGCUGCCCGGAUACCUCUUCACUGCGUUGGCCACUUUCAACUGGAUGACCUGGAUUUCUCCCACGAAUGUCACCCUUGCGAUCAUCACGGGUUCUUCGCUCGGCCUGGGCCUGUUCAACCCCAUCACCACGUUUGACUGGAACAUUGCUACGUCGUCGUAUGCAGCACUCUCCAUGCCCUUCUUCGCCACGUGCACGCAAUACUGUGGUGCGAUCCUCGGCGGAGUCAUUAUCCUUGGAAUAUACUACACCAACAUGUACAACACAGGUUAUCUGCCGAUCAACUCGUCGUCUCCGUUCGCGAACGACGGGACACCUUACGUGGUUCAGAACGUGGUUGUUGACAACAAGUUGAACGAGACCCUCUACCAACAGUAUUCACCUCCGUUCUAUUCCGCCGGAUAUCUCAUCACUGUUGGUGGCAACUACUGCUUCUAUCCCAUCUACUUCCUUUACAUCAUGGGCAACCAAUGGAAGACGAUCUCCGCAGCAUACGUCGACUUCUACAAGGGGCUGCGCUACAAGAAGGGUAACUACGAGGGCGCCAUGGACAUCCACAGCCGACUCAUGUCCAAGUACAAGGAAGUGCCAGACUGGUGGUUCUUGUUGAUCCUCGUCGCUGCCAUCGUUGUCUCGUGCAUCUUCCUCAGCAUAUACCCUCUAGACACGCCAAUCUGGAUUGUAUUCCUCAUGAUCGCCAUCAACCUGGUCUUCGCCGUUCCCCUGUCUUUUCUUUCUGCGACUACCGGAACGAACCUUGGUCUCGGUGCGCUCAUCCAGGUCAUCACCGGGUAUAUGCUGCCUGGAAACACCAACGCUUUCCUCUUCUCCCAGACUCUGGGAUCAUGGGCUCUCGCAGGUUACGGAGACAACUAUGUCCAAGAUCAAAAGAUGGCCCACUACACCAAGAUCGCCCCGCAAGCUGUUUUCCGAAGCCAGAUUGGAACGAUCAUCAUCACUUGCUUCGUGGCCGUCGCGACACAGAACUUCAUUCUUGAAAAUGUGAAGGGCUUGUGUACCCCGACCCAACCCAGUCGAUUCACAUGCGCCAACGAUGGAGCGCCUCUCUACACCAACUCACUGAUGUGGGGUUUGCUUGGCUCCGAACGCAUGUUUGUUGCAUUCUAUCCAAUUCUGAAGUGGUGCUUCCUGAUCGGCACGCUCAUCGCCGUCGUCUUCUUGGUUGGCCAGGGAUAUGGCCCGAAGUACUUGCCAGGUGUACGAGAGAAGCUCCGCGUCAAGCUCAGGCCCAAGACUUUUGCUCUUCUCGACCGAACUCUGUUCCCAUUUGUGGGUUCCCUUCUCUGGUUGAACCCAGUUCUUGUCAUUCAAGGCAUACAACACUGGGCGCCUUCCAACCUUUCGUACAAGACACCGGGCAUGAUCCUGGGCUUUAUCUUUAUGUACUGGCUGCCACGACAUAGGUUGGCGUGGUGGGAGAAGUAUAACUACGUCUUAUCGGCGGCUUUGACUGCGGGUGUGGCCGUCUCAGCGCUGGUCAUGUUCUUCGCGGUAGGAUACAACCCGAUUUCUUUGAAAUGGUGGGGAAACACCGUGAGCGGCGCCGGAGUCGACGGCAGCCAAAUCGGAGUUCUCCCACUCCCGGAAAGGGGCUACUUUGGGCCAGAGAAGGGGUCAUUCUAG